UUUCUCCUCUGCUGUGCUCCGUCCGUCCUUUCUCUGGCGCUGCAGUCUCAGCACCACGAGGAGGAAAAGCGAGCGCUCAGCCGGGAAAUCAUUGUUCUCAACAAUCACCUCAUGGAGGCAAAGAUCACCAUCAACAAGCUCAGAGAGGACAACGACCUGUACAGGAAAGACUGCAACCUGGCCGCCCAGCUGCUGCAGUGCUCCAAGUCUCACUACAGAGCUCACAAGUCAUCUGAGCUGCCGCUGGACUUCCAGGAACGCAUCAGCUCCUACAUGGAGAAACAUAGCCGGGGUAGAGGAGCCACCAUAGCAAUGUGUCACCCUAACUACCCUGAAGAAGUGCCAACAGCCGUAAUUGCCAAGGUCCUGGAAAAGCCUGAACCUGGAAGAGAUUCCCCUGUAACAUGUGCCACAACCUCCCAUGUUCAGGAUGGAGACUUUCUAAUAGGAACAGGAAGCAACGAUCACCUGAACCGCCGCAUUUCGUACAAGACAUCGGACCUGUACUGCAGCGACACGGCCUUGUAUUGUCCUGAGCGAUGGCAAGACACAGAGCGCAGGCAAAGCGUUGACCUCCAUGGUACUGCCCUGCUUCAGCUGCACGCCCAGACCUCCUUAGAGAGUAACCCAGAUGACGAUCCUUUCCAGUCCGGCAGCUUCUCCCACCAUGACCCCCCAACGUCUUUCCACCACCAUGACGAGUUUGGGACUGGCAGCUUCCCUGCCUCGAGUUCGUACUCCAGCUUCAGCCUCGCAUCGGAUGAGAAGGGAGCAGUUAGCGGUGGCUGUGGGCGCACUGCCAGCAGCGCCUUAUCCUCGUCCCACCAGGGUCUCUACAUAGAUUGGCGAGAUGGUGGCAGUGGGGACUAUGAGCACAAGAGCUUGUCUUCAUAUGACAAAGAAGUUCCCGGGUUCUCCAAGUCGCACAGCAUUCAACAUAUGGUGACCUCUAGGAGUCCCCAGAAGGAUACGUCACCGUCGUACACAAGGACAGCUUCGUGCUUCAGUGAACCAUACCACUCGAGCUCCCCUCGCCUCGCCUCAUCCCACAGCAUGGGGUCUACAACUGGACUGGGCCAGGCUCAAGGUGGAGCUUUGGAUAGCCGAAAUGACGUACCUGAGGAUGACUUGAGUGUCCGCUGGAAACAGCUUAGCGUGGAGGACAUCCACACUUUCUCGUCUUAUCGCAACAUUGCAGGGCGGAUCUCACCGUACAGCUUCUCUGAGAGACAGUUUGCAAUGGGCCCUUCCAGUAAACUCAAAGAGUCUCUCUACAGCAGCUUCCAAGAAGGAGAUGACGUCUUCCACAGCCACGUGCUUGACCAGUGUUUUUCUAUGGGCUCCCUUUCACCCAGCCACAAUCCGAAACCCAAGGAGCAUCGCAAGUCAGAGAAAACCUCUGUGCUGUACCGAGCCAAGAAUGACAGUCAAGACUCCGAGGGAAGUCUGUUCCUCUCAGGAAGCUCUAAAGACAAGGAAAGCAGUGGGGCCGCAACAACUGCAAACAGUGCAAAGAAGGACUACGUAAACCUGAGCGUGGACAGUUCGGCCGAGUCCUUACACCACAGCUCACUGGAGGCCUCGAGUCUUCAGCACUACCCGGUGCCGAGGCCAACAAUCCGUCCUCGCCCGAGUUCCAGUUCCGCUCUCAGCAUAGGCCCCGCGCUCCCAAAGAAAACUUCUCCAAGGUACCAAAAAUUUGGGAGCACAGGAUUGACAAGGAAGGACAGCUUGACCAAGGCACAGCUCUACGGUACACUCUUGAACUGAGUGCGCAAGAGAGGCUUCAGUUUAUGCAUGACGAUGAGUCCAUACUGUUCUGCACUGUAUGUCUCCCCUAAAGCAAACAAAUUCGUGCGAUAAGGUGUUAAGCUGUGGUCCUUUUUGUAUCUUAGCCAAGGCAUGCUUCAUGCAGUCUGUAACAUGUUUUCUAUUGUGCAUCUUGAUACACUGUAGCAACCAGAUAUACCAGCUGUAAAGAAAGUUUUAUUCAUAAUUUAUUUUCCAGGAAUGGCCACCAGUAUGCUGCUAGCACAGUGAGGAGCUAAACACCAUAUAUCACCAACAAUAUCAUCAAAAACUCUCGUUCAACACUAAAACCGGCACAAAUCAGAGAGGAAUUGUAACUUCUGCUUCCUUGAUGUGAAGAGGCAUGCAUCUGCAUGCUAUAAGUGUGCAAGCCUCACUUUUCUCCACAUAAUUAAUGUUUGCUGGGGAGAGGCUACUCACACUGCAGUAGUAACGCUUUCAAAACGACACCGUCUGUCAUGCUACUUGAGGUCUGAGUUUUUAAGCUGCACUUAUAGAAGUUAAAAUACUCGUAAACAAGCAUACAGCAGCUUCAGACACUCUCCUCCCUCCUUCAUUUGGCUCAGACAUGAAGAAAAGGACAAACAGAAGAAAGUGAUCUGCAGAUAUCAGCAGAUGUUUUGUAAUGAAAAAUGACACAAAAUUGAUGUAAAAAGAAAGUAUUUUCUUACCUGAGGAACAUUAUGCUCACAAACAACACGCACGCAGAGUCGUUUGUGAGCAUAAUGUGUCAGAGACAGUGAUCUGAUUGGUCAGUGGUUGUUUUCCAACAGAGGAGGCUGUUUUAAAGGGUGAGAAUCAAUCCAUUCAUUUAUUAAUGUUUCAUAGUUUAUGUCUUUUAUGAUGAUAAUGGACAACAUGUGUUACAGAGUGUCUUAUUUACUCAUGUUAGCAAGAGAUCUAUGGUGUGUUGUACACUGUGCUGACUGUAAGCUGUUAAAAAUCUUUAUUUUGUCAUAUGCAAAUAAUGCAUGUUUCAUUAAACAAAAAGAAAAGCCAAAUUAGUUUGCA